UGAUGCCUUGUAAAUAUUUAAUACUUGUAAGGACCAAAUUGUCAGGGUAUCUUUUGAGGCAUCAAAAGUAUUGAAUAUUAUCCAGAACUUUGAAAAAAGAAAGCAUCUUUUUGUAGAAUUUCAUUUACUUGACCAUAUUGUGAAGCCAUAACGUUGAGCCUUCUAGUUUCCAUUGCUAGAUUUCAUGCCUUUCUUAGAAAGUAAGAUGAGGGUUGUGUGUAAGUUGCUAGUAUUAACUGAGUUGCUGUUUGUAAGUACAAUAUCACUUGCUUUUUCAUCACCUAAUGAUGCAUACCCAACUGGAUAUGGUGAUGAACCGGGAGCUUGUGUUGGAGCUAGUGAUGAUUUGAGACCUUUGAGGAGAGAGGUGUAUGAAUAUGGACAAAUAUUUGAUAUCACACACCAGUUCAAUCCUAAUACUCCUAUUGGGGAUUCUGAUGAAGGAAUUGGACAGUUUCUCACUCUUUUGUCGAGCAUGAAGAAUGGCUCUGAUUACAACUUUUCGGAAUUGAGAUUAGGCGUGCAUGCUGGCACUCAUGUUGAUGCACCAGGACAUAUGUAUGAGGAGUACUAUGAUGCAGGGUUUGAUGUUGAUUCCCUUGACCUUAGAGUUCUCAAUGGUCCUGCAUUGCUAGUUGAUGUUCCAAGAGACAAGAACUUAACUGCGGAUGUUAUGCAAUCCUUAUAUAUACCCAAGGGAGUCAAACGAGUACUUUUCAGGACACUAAACACUGACAGGCGGCUUAUGUGGAAAAAGGCAUUUGACACAAGCUAUGUCGGAUUCAUGAAGGAUGGAGCUCAGUGGCUAGUGGACAACACUGACAUCAAACUUGUUGGAAUUGAUUACUUAUCGGUUGCUGCAUAUGAUGAUUUGCUUCCUGCCCAUCAUGUUUUCCUGAAAAGCAGGGAGAUUAUUCUUGUAGAAGGGCUGAAGCUGGAUGAUAUAGAAGCUGGCUUGUACACUGUACACUGUCUGCCCUUAAGGUUGCUUGGUGCGGAGGGAUCACCUAUUAGAUGUAUACUGAUUAAGUAACACUCUCCUCAUAUCUCCCUCAACCAUAAGGAAGCACUGCACUGGAGAUAGCGUUGAAUAAGAAAAAGUGCUGCAAAGGGGACGUAUUCUCAGAGUAGUUUAGGCUGUAAUUGUUAUCAGCUGUUACGCUGAAAAUGCGUUGCAUGAGCUAAUAAUCUGGAGUUUUCAUGUUUAUGUCUUAUGGUUUUAUGGAUUGACAGUGUCAUCAACAUAUUUAGAUCCAAGUUAUUUUUGUCUUAA